AUGUUCGUGCUCGAGACUAUUGUGUUGUUCCUCUUAGUAACUUGUGUGACACAUUAUGUAGUGUUUCGGUGGAAGCGUCAAAGACUUUAUGCAUUGGCAGAAAAACUUCCAGGACAUGAAGGAUUUUCAAUUUGGGAAUCAUUUUUUAUGAUUUUGACUGUUCAUCGAAAAGAUUACAUCACAAAAGUGCUAACUUAUAUCAAAGAUGAUGCUAAGAUAACUAAAAUUUGGCUAUUAAAAAAUCUCGUGAUUAUGACUAAAGAUGCAGAUUUCAUUAAUAAAGUUUUUAAUUCUCAACACACAAUUGAUAAGCCGGAACUAUUUUAUGAUGCAUUUUUAGUCAAGAGAGGCUUGAUUGCAAUCAAUGGAGAAGACCAGAAAGUUCACAGAAAAAUAUUUACAAAAUCUUUUACAACGAAAGUUUUACAAACACUUCCAAAAAUAUUUGAUGAAAACUCAAAAAGAAUUGUGAAAUUACUUGAAAGCAAAGUUAAUUGUGGUGAAUUUGAAUUUACAGAUUAUGCUGGAUCUUACUCAUUUGAUACACUUGGAUCUAGUAAUUUGAAUUAUAGUGAAAAGGACCAUUUUAAAAGUGAUUUAUUUUAUGCCUUUGAAAAAUUCUCUCCAAUAAUGGUAGAUAUUCUACCUUAUAUUGUCGUUGGAUUUACUCGAAAGAAUUUAAGAUACAUUAACAUUGGUAAAAGAAUUGAAGAAAUUUUUAAAGUUUUUGAUAAUUACUUGAAUGAAGUUAUCAACAAUAAUCGCAAAAGUCCAUGCAAAGAUGAAAAUAAAUUAAUUUUUUCUCUUUUGGAUCCUAAAAAUGGAUUUGACGAGGAGGAUAUUCGUGAUGAAUUUAUUACUAUGAUACUUGGUGCUUUCGAAACAACAACAAAAAUCAUUUCAAGUGCAUUAAUGAUGCUUGGUAUUCACCAAAAUGCUCAACAUAAAUUAAUGCAAGAAAUCGAAGAAAUUUUUAUUAAUGGAGAUGACACAACAUUAACAAUAGAUUUUCUUAACAAAUUUCAAUUCAUGGAAGCUGUUAUUAAAGAGACGAUGAGACUUUUUACAGUUGCUCCAAUUUUAGCCAGAAAAGCAUCUGAGGAAGUGGAAAUCGAUGGAUAUGUGAUCCCUAAAGGAACAGCUUUUUUGUUGGCAAUUGAUGCCAUGCAUAAAGAUGAGAAAUAUUGGGGAAAAGAUGCAAAUUUGUUCAAACCUGAACGGUUCCUUGAAACUUUGGCAUAUCCUCAAGCAUAUGCACCAUUUUCAGGUGGUCGUCGGAUGUGUAUAGGUUUCCGCUAUGCAAUGAUUUCAAUGAAAAUAUUUUUCAUAAAUUUUCUGCGAUCUUACAAAGUCAAUUGCUCAUCAAAAUUUGAAGAACUUGAAACUGAAAUGACGAUGACAUUAAACUUUGUUAAGGGUUAUAAAGUCAGUAUUGAAAGAAGAUGAACUUGUCUCAUUUUGUUGACUCAAUUAAAUUGAUAUGGGU